CAUAUUAUGAUUUAUUUGUUCUAAGCAUAUAUUAAUACGGUUACAUGAUGUUUUCACCAACUGGUUUCAGCCAAAACAGUUUUGGUCAUUAAGGCUCUACCUUGUAUUAAGGGUGCGGGGUAUUUCUCUGGAGGGGUUUCUUCAUUAUAUAUAUAUAAAAAAGGUAUCUCCUUCUCCAAGGUAUUUAAUGCAUUAAUGAGUAUAAUUUUUGCACAGAUGUUUCUCGGUGUUUGCAGGUUUUCUGUGUAUUUUUAUAUUACAAAGGAGCUGGCUACUGCAAUAGCUCAAACUCUGACAAGCAAAUAGAUAAUCAAGAAGACAAAUGGCUUCUUUUGUGAGCUACAGCUCUUGUAUUAAUUUUCAUUUUCUUUCUCAUAGAAAGUAUCGAAAAUACUGUUCAGGACGAAAUAACAUUCCAGUUCUAAGUUACAAAUAUAAAAAAAUGGGGGAAAGGCCUCUGGACCAUAUGAAGAAAAUCAUCCUUUUCUUAAACAACCUUUAUAAGAAAAUGGCCUUGGUUUAUAUGCUAAAUGUUUAUGAAAUUCUUUCAGACGCUGCAUAAUGACCAAAAUACUCCACGAAAAACAAAAGCCAGGGCUUGGCAUGUUCGAAGUGAUCCAGCCUGCUAUUUCUCUCCUUGUUACAUGAAGCAAUUUAAGCAUACCUGGCAAAGAAACUGCAGGGAGAGGCCCCACAAAAAUAGAACUCCUUCCUUAUAUCUUUUAUUCUAUUGCCUGUUUUACACUUUUGAAGGGAUAUUGUCAUGGUCCUAUGAUACAAAACACAACUUCUUGUGGGCACCUUGGGUUUGGGAAUGUCUUUGAUUCACUCUUGUGUUUUGAAUGGCAAAGUGCAAAACUUGUUCGUUUUUAUUUCGGUGAGAACUGUAUGUUAGAGGGUGAUUUGAUUUUUUUUUUUUUUUGGUUAGAAUUUUGCUCUGCUCUGUAAGGUAAAAGCGAUGUAUUUUUCAGUGAGAGGGCUAGUGAUGCUGAGAGUACCCAAAAUCGCUCUUAAAAAGCAUAUGCUGGGAGGAAUUCGAGUUCUAUAGACCAAAAUAAAAGCUGGAAAGUAUGAAUAGACUAGAGAAGGGAGCAAAGAAGAAUUCUAUAGGCACCAAAAGUUCACAGCCAUUAUAGGCAGACAGAAGCCAAGAAAAAUGCGAGAAUUAUACAGAAAAUCAUUAAUCACUUCUUUUCUUUAAAUACUUAUCCUUUUCCCAUUGUUAUUCAACAGCAAAUCUCCGCAGACCGUCUGUUGGGAAAAAAGUACCCGGAGUCCUACCAGAAUCUUCAGGGGGAAUAAUAAUAAUAAUAGCAGUAAUAAAAAAGCCUGGAUCCUAAAGUCGAAACCUUUUUUUUUUAACAAACAAACAAACAAACAAACAAACAAACAAACAGAAUCUCCCGUUGGAAGAAGCCACCCAGGAUCAUGAGGACCGUCUAUGGGGCGCUGGAGAGAGGAUGUGAGAACCGACAAGUUCCCUUUCUUUCUCAGACUCCUCCUCUGCCUCACAUCUGCUGGACCAGACAACUGAGAAUUGGUCAGCUUCCAAUAGACAACUGGAAACGGACUGUCACGUGACCUUGGGGUGCCAAUGUUCUUCCAUAGGGGUGUCAAGACCCUGGUAGUCAGUAAAAAUAUUUUUGGGGAAGCCCAGAGAUGCAGAAAACAACAUACUACGACAGCUCAACGCUCUUUGGGGGCUACACCUACCAGGGGGCCAAUGGGUUUGGUUAUGAUGGUCCUCAACAGCCUUUCCAGCCUUCUUCUCACGUGGAGAAUGACUACCAGAGGUCUGCCUGCUCCCUUCAGUCUCUUGGCAACGCUGCCCCUCAUGCGAAAAGUAAAGACCUGAAUGGAAGCUGCAUGCGGCCAAGUUUGCCCCAGGAACAUCACCAGCCUCCACCUGUCUCACCACCCCCAAACUCUGUCACCAACAGCAACAGUAGCAACAGCAAUAACCAGUCCGGGAGCAGUAAAACUGCCCCCAGCAAAUCAAGUCUCAGUGCAAAUGCAAGUCUCACCAAACAGAUUUUCCCCUGGAUGAAAGAAUCGAGGCAAAACUCCAAACAGAAAAACAGCUCCCCUAGCACAGAAAGCUGCAGCGGCGAGAAAAGCCCUCCGGGAUCUUCCGCUUCCAAGCGAGCCCGCACGGCCUACACCAGCGCCCAGCUGGUGGAGCUGGAGAAGGAAUUCCACUUCAACCGCUACCUGUGCAGGCCCCGCAGGGUGGAGAUGGCCAACUUGCUCAACCUCAGCGAGAGGCAGAUCAAGAUCUGGUUCCAGAACCGGCGGAUGAAGUACAAAAAGGAUCAGAAGUCCAAAGGCAUGGGGUCCUCCUCCGGGGGGCCCUCCCCCACGGGCAGCCCCCCCCAGCCCAUGCAGUCCUCCGCCGGGUUUCUGAAUACCUUACACACCAUGCCUAGUAACUACGACGCCCCAUCUCCGCCUUCCUUCAAUAAGCCCCACCAGAAUGCCUAUGCCAUGUCGACUAACUACCAAAACCCCAUCAAAGGGUGCCCCUCGCAACAGAAGUACGCCAACACGGCGCCCGAGUACGACCCGCACGUGUUACAGGGUAACGGGGGCAGCUAUGGGACCCCCAGCAUGCAGGGCAGCCCCGUGUACGUGGGGGGCAACUAUGUGGAUUCUAUGCCCGCCUCCGGCCCCUCCCUGUACGGCCUCAAUCACCUGCCGCACCACCAGUCUGCCAGCAUGGACUACAACGCAGCUCCGCAGAUGCCCCCCAGCCAGCACCACGGACCGUGCGAGACCCACCCCACCUACACAGACCUUUCCACGCACCACUCCUCUUCUCAGGGCAGAAUACAAGAGGCACCGAAACUCACCCACCUGUGAUGGGGGUGGGAGGGCAGAGCAGACUCGUGGAGCUCUGACCCUUUGAGAGGAGGGGGGAGCGAACCCGCUGUGGGAUCUGAUUCAGAAACAUUUGUGUUGAGCCCUUAAAGCGAUCAGUUUGGUGGGGCUUUUGUUCCCGGUUUUCUUAGGCGCCGCGUCUUUGGGCGGGGGGGGGGGGGUGAUAACUCAGCCUUAUUUAUCUGCAAACUACCGCCCGCGCUCUCCCCGGCUGUAGAGAUAGAGAUAGAUGCAUAGAUCUCCUGAUGCUUCAACACAAAUGCUUUUGAACCCACGCGGGGCAGUUUCCUCGACAUUUGAGGAGAGAGAGAGAAAAAUAUAUAUACAAAGCACCCCAAAAACAACAGCAAACACUACCACCAACAGCAGAAAGCGCGGAGAAUUACAAAUAAUCCUUGGACCUUGAAAAUGACAAGACCCAGUGGGUUCAAGUUGUCGACUCACCAGAUAUGUCCAGCAGGCCCAGCGACAACAGAAAUCCUUUUUCUCUUUUUUUUUUUUUUAAUCUAAACCGAGCCACAGAAAACUACCCCCCUCUCGAUCCCCUCCCCGCAAAAAGUCUUGCUUUCUCCCUUCCAGUUUAACUCCUUAGAUGAAGGGCAUCUUUCUUUUGAGGGUUUCCUUCGCUUUUUGGGUUUUGGGGUUUUUUUUGCUGAGUAACCUUCUCCCUCCCACCACCACCACCACGAGCUGAAAAAUAUCCACACCUGCCAACCCUGGAGGACCCACUGUCUCUUCUCUUCCUGCUCGCCCACCCCCAGCCCAAAGAGGCUGAGUAGAGAAGGGUCUGGGACACCCAUUCUUCAUGCAAAGCUGCACCAUUUUGUCUCUCUACAGGGAAAGUUGGCAGGUCUGAAUAUUUUUUUUUUUUUUUUUGCCCCCUCGCCUCUUGAGGCAGUGAAGUCGCCCUUCGAUGGCACCGGGGCUUUGUUUUUGUUUUUAAGGGUUCACGAACAAACCAACAACAAAGCAAUCUUAAGACUUGGAAGUCCUACAUGUUGUUCCUCCUCUUCUCUUGACUUAACGUGAAAACAGGGUAUAUUUGAACAAACGGUAUGUCCUCCAAACGAAGCAGAAGUGAAUGGAUCUCGAGUAUUUGCUAAUGCUUUCUUGUCUGGACAUCUUCGUUGCACUUAGAGUUUACAUUUGAAUGGGUAUAAAACAACUUUGAAGGCCGUCGCGUCCAACUCAGUCGUGACGUCUUUCAAUAGGUGUGUGUUCUGGUGAACAUUCAUAUAUAUUUAUUGGUUAUAGCCAGUUUAAAAUAUUUUCUUUUUUUGUAUUAUUUAUCCCCAACAUUAUGUAUUUAUAUGAGAAGAAAAGAAUCAAAUUGUACUUUUUUAGUAUUUACUUGUUAUAAAGGACAUUGUGUUUCCUUGUCAUUGUACAACAAGCUUAUUUUAGUUAUUGUAAUUUAGAAAGACCAGUAGUUUUAUGUUACCCUCGUACUUAUGAAUAAUGUAAUUAGUUCUACUGGAGGCAUGAGAGCAGAACCAGACUGUAAUUGUAUAGUCCUGAAUUAGAAGAACUCUAGAUGAUUACCCCUCCCAUCCCACUUCUCCUCUUUGGAGAUUUUUCUUUGUUCUUCUAGUAGUUACUUUAUUUCCUUGCUUAAGGGUUGUCUGUUGAACAAUUCUUGAAUAAACUUUCUGUUAUCAAUUUUA